CAUGUAAAUGUAUUUUCGGAAAAUAAAAUCACACUUCUCAAGGCUCUGUGCGGCAAGUAUCUGGGGACCCCCAAGUAUCUGAGCUGCUACGAUUCAGUGCCUUGAAGCUUCAAUUAGCUCACGUCACUCAUUCAGAUCCAUCCACUGAACAAAUGCGACAAAAUCCUUUGCUGUAGAGAGCGGCCGCGUGCACGAGGGAGUAGGAGAAGAAAAGCUUCAAGGCACUGAAUCAUAGCAGCUGUGGUAGCAUUAUCCAGUUCCUGCUUCAUGGAGAAGACCGUGGUUCUGUACCCCGGCUUCGCCGUGAGCCACUUCGUCCCCAUGAUGCACCUCGCCCGCGCGCUCCUCGACCACGGCCACGCCGUCUCCGUCGCGCUCGUCGACCCCGCCGUCAACCCGGACGCCGCCUUCCGCGCCGUCGUCGCCCGGGCCGCCGCCUGCAUGCCGUCCGUCCGCUUCCACACGCUCCCGCUCGUCGAGGGCACGCCCACGCUGACGCCGGACGCGCAGUUCGUCCUCCGCUACCUCGACGUCGUCGGCCGCCACAACGAGCACCUCCGCGGCUUCCUCCGCUCCUCGCGCGGCGUGCGUGCCGUGGUCGUCGACUCGCUCUCCGUCGAGGCGCUCGGCGUCAUUAAGCCGCUGGGGAUCCCGGGCUAUGUUCUGUUCACCUCCAACGCCGCCGUCCUCGCCGCCUUCGUCCAGCUUCCGGCAGUUCUGGCGGAGGCCCAGACGAGCUUCAGGAAGCUCGGAGACGCGCCUGUCGAGUUAUUCGGCCUCCCGCCCAUGCCGGCCUCGCACCUCUUCGGCGAGAUGCUUGAGGACCCGGAGAGCGACGUAUGCAAGGCGACCAUGGCCGCGCUGUCCGGGAUCCCGGAAGCCGACGGCGUCCUGGUGAACACGUUCGACUCGCUGGACGUUCGAGCGGUGGCCGCCCUCGGGGACCCUCGGUGUCUCCCCGGCCGUGUCAUGCCGCCGGUGUACUGCGUCGGCCCGUUCGUCGGCGGCGUCGGUGACGAGGUGGCAAGCCAGCGGCACGGGUGCCUGGCGUGGCUAGACGGGCAGCCAGACCGCAGCGUCGUGUUCCUCUGCUUCGGGAGCGCGGGACACCACUCGGAGGAGCAAAUCAAGGAGAUCUCCGUCGGCCUGGAGAACUCCGGCCACCGGUUCCUGUGGGUCGUGAAAGCACCGUUCAGCGACGACCCAGACCUUGACGCCAUCCUGCCGGACGGGUUCUUGGACCGCACCAGCGGCCGCGGCCUCGUCGUCAGGCAGUGGGCACCUCAGGCCGACGUGCUCCGCCACAGGGCCACCGGCGCGUUCGUGACGCACUGCGGGUGGAACUCGGUGCUGGAGGGCGUGACGGCGGGCGUGCCGAUGCUGUGCUGGCCUCUGUACGCGGAGCAGAAGAUGAACAAGCUGUUCAUGGUGGAGGAGAUGGGGGUUGCCGCGGAGAUGGUUGGGUGGCAGCGGGGGCUGGUCGAGGCGGCCGAGGUGGAGGGCAAGGUGAGGAUGGUCAUGGAGACCGAGGAAGGCAGGGAGCUCAGGGCCCGCGCGUCGGCGCACAAGGAGGCCGCGGCAGCGGCCUGGGACGACGGAGGGUCGUCGCGCGCGGCCUUUGCCCGCUUCUUGUCGGACGUCGAGAGCCGGCAGGCUCGGGUUCGCAGCGGUGUUGCGUGAGCUUGAUUUGAUAGUUUAUGCAUUUGUAUGAGAAGUGCGUUUAGAUUACAAAACGGAUUUGGUAAAGCGUAGGUGCACCUGAGUGAGUUUUGUUCGAUAUGUAUUCGUGUUGGUGGAAGUUGCAUUGCAUGGAUGUAAAGUUUUGUCCGGUGACCGCCUGCCGGACUUCGCGCCGGCAGAUCAUCCUCUGGUUAAAUGGCGACCUGUCACAACUCACAA